AUGGAGGAGAGAAUCGAUUUCAUCCAUGAGAGCCUUGGAAACAAAUCUGAAGUCCUAUUCAAGCAAGUGAUCAAGCUUGAUGAAGACAUUAAGAAGUUGAGAGAGGAUCAUGAUCGAUCUUUGACCCUAGUUAAGCUUGAUGUUGCUUCGAAAUAUCAAGAGUUGAUAAACAAGAGCAUGAGAAUUGAAGAUACUAGCUAUGGCAAUAGCAAACAUCUUGGUUCGAUCUACAACCGCCUACAAGCCCUUGAAGGAUCAUCUCAUGCCAAUUACAAGAGAGAGAGGAGUCCAACACCCAACCACUCUCCCUUUUAUUGCAAUGCCAUCACAAGAAGAAGCUGA